GAGUCCCCGAGAGCCAAAGAAGAUGUCGCCAGGGGUCCCGGCCUCAGCCCCCAGCCCGGCAGAGCAGGGGCUGGCACCCGAUGCAACACGCUGGGACCCCGAGGUGCCCGGUGCCGACCCAGCCGACCCCGGCGAGACCCACAUCAAUGGGGCUGAGCCCCCCCGGGUGCUGGUGAAGCAGGAGCCGAAGGAGGAGGCGGCAGCGGCGGUGCAAUGUGAGACGGAUGGGGAUGAAGCGGCCAAACCAGAGGCCAACGGGGAGCCUGGGGCUGCCCAAGCCAACAGCCCACUGGUGCCGGGUGGCCGCUCCGAGGCUGGGCACCUCCUGCUGCAGAAGCUGCUGCGGGCCAAGAACGUGCAGCUGUCAGCGCAGUGCCCAGGAGAGCUGAACGGGCACGCGGAGAACCGGGGCACCGGGAUGGAGCCACGGCCACAACCGGUGCUGCUGGGCCGGGAGGACCCUUCCAUCGCCCGCAAGCCGGCGGCUGCCAAGCCCAAGCGGGUGCAGAAGGGCAACGAGCGAGUCCCGGCUUCCCGCAAGAAGCUGCGCAAGGAUGAGGGGCUGCGUCCUGGGGAGGCUCUCAUGAAGCUGAAACAGGAGCUCUCUCUGCUGCCUCUGACCGAGCCGACCAUCACAGCCAACUUCAGCCUCUUCGCACCCUUUGGCAGCAGCCCCAUCAAUGGGAAGAGCCAACUGCGCGGCGCCUUCGGCAGCGCAGUGCUGGACAGCGUGCCCGAUUACUACUCCCAGCUGCUCACCAAGAACAACCUCAGCAACCCACCCACGCCGCCCUCCUCGCUGCCCCCCACGCCACCCCCCUCCGUGCAGCAGAAGAUGGUGAAUGGUGUCACGGCUGCUGAGGAGAUGGGUGAGCAGCCCAAGGACGACUCUGCCCGUGAGCCCCAGAAAGACACGCCGGCUGUGGAGGUGAAGAGCGUGGACCUGCUGGCAGCUCUGCCCACCCCUCCUCACAACCAGACUGAGGAUGUCAGGAUGGAGAGCGACGAUGACAGCGAUUCCCCCGACAGCAUCGUCCCUGCCUCGUCCCCUGAGAGCGUGCUGGGCGAGGAGCUGCUGCGCUUCCCUCUGCUCAGUGAGGCCAAACCGGAGCUGGAGGAGCGUGUGCUGUCCCCCAUCAUCCCCAUCAUCCCCCGAGCCAGCAUCCCAGUGUUCCCCGACACGAAGCCCUUUGAAGCCACGGAGCCCUUUGGGGCAGCACCCCCAGGGAAGGUGGGGAUGGCCGGCCCGGGUGCCCCAUGGGAGAAGGGCAAGAGCAGCGAAGUGUCCGUCAUGCUGACGGUGUCUGCAGCAGCUGCCAAGAACCUCAAUGGGGUGAUGGUGGCCAUGGCUGAGCUGCUGAGCGUGAAGAUCCCCAGCUCCUAUGAGGUGCUGUUCCCCGAUGGCCCCGUGCGAGCGGCUGUGGUCGAGGCUAAGAAGGUGGAGACGGACGUGGCUGGGAUGCUGGGUGGCAAAGAGAAGGUGGUGCUGGCCGGGAAGGUGCCAGAGAGCAGCUCUGAGUGGCUGAAGCAGUUUGAUGCGGUGCUGCCAGGGUACAGCCUGAAGGGCGAGCUGGACCUCCUGACGCUGCUCCGACAGGAGAGCCCCGUGCCCGAGAAGACC